UAAAUUGUUUCCCUCGCACUUAGAAAAAGAGAAAAAGAAAAACCGCCGAAAGAUUCGACCAAACAAACCUCUCAUUCUCUUAACUCUCACAGCGGCCAAAGAUCAAACGCCAUACCUACAAAACGCUAUAGCACAGCAAAAACCCCAAAGCUCUACUACCAAAUUCAUGGCGCCAUCUUCUUGAAACCUAAAUAAAGAUUAAAAACUUCCAACUCAUAUUAAAACCACAGCAAGCAUAUAGAGAAACAAUGUUCGGUGGUCAAUCUUCAAACCCAGCCUUUGGAACUCCAUCGUCGACGCCAUCAUUAUUCGGCACUCCAUCCUCAACGCCGUCGUUCGGCACUCCAUCUUCAACUCCAGCAUUCGGCACUCCUUCUUCGACUCCAGCAUUCGGCACUCCAUCUUCGACUCCGGCAUUUGGCACUCCUUCCACUCCCUCUUUCGCUGCCGGAGGCUUCGGUUCUUCUCUUUUUAGUACACCGUUCUCUGCUCAAACACAACAGCAGCAGCAGCAACAACAGCAAACUCCGUUUUUCUCGCAACAGACUCCGUCUAUUGGUCUUGGAUUCCAAACUGGCACUCUGUUUACCGCUAAUCAAACAACGACGCCGUUUCCUAAUACUCAAUUGACUACUCAAAUGGCUCCUGUUGCUCCACUCCCUUUUUCUCUCUGUGAUCGUGAUAUUCAGGCAAUUGUGGACGCUUACAAGGAGGAUCCAGGAAACCCUAAAUAUGCAUUCAAGUAUUUGUUGUUUAGUGUAACUGAUCCACAGCAUAGAGUGAAGCCUGCUGGUGUUUCAGAUAUAAUGUGGGCGGAGGCUAUGGCAAAGCUUGAAGGCAUGGAGAGUUCAGACCGAGAACGUCUUUGGCCUCAGCUUGUUCAAGGUUUUAAAGAUCUUUCUAACCGACUCAAGCUCCAAGAUGAAGUUAUUGUUUCGGAUGCUGAGCGAUUGCGAAUGACCCAAAGCAAUGUGAAGAUGCUUCAAAGGCAUUUUCAAGCCGAGACUCUUCCGCGGAUUGAAAGAAUGAGGCAGAAGGAGCAGAGCCUUCAAAGGCGCCUUUUAAGGAUAAUGAGAAUAAUGGAGGCAUUAGAGGGUAAGGGUUACAGAAUGCCCUUAAUGAAAGGAGAAACUGAAUUGGCUGAGAAGUUAGCUGCUAUAACUAGACAGCUGAAGGGAUCUGGAGCUGAACUCUCCAGGAGGGUUCAGAACCUACUCACUGUAUCACGUAUUCAAGCAAAUGCACUUGGAGCUGGUGGAUCUAUUUAUCUUCCAGGGUCUACCAAAAUACAUGAACAGAGUCUUGCUGAUAUGCAGGAGGUCUUACAACAGCAGACUGAGGCCAUUGCAAGGCUCGGCAAUGUAUUGAAGCGAGAUAUGAGGGAUAUGGAAAUUAUAAUGGCCGAGGAUACAGAAAUGUCACAAGAUGUAAGCUAGAGGAAUUAGGAAGGAGUGCUUGAUUUGUUUUCAUGAUUCUUUCAAGGCCUUUUUCUAGUCUUGUGACCGAUCAGAUUAGGCGAUGGAUAUUUCACUAAUCUUUUUCAUUUUCUUACUUCUUCGGUUAUCCCUUAGUUUCUCUGUGUCUCAAGUUUAUUCGAGUCUAUUUGUAUCUGGAUCAGCAACGAUAGCUCUCGAGAUGUGCACGUGCAUGGUUUUCUGA